AAGAACAAAGGUCCAGUGGAUGUGGAAAGGCAAUGUGGUGUUGCGCUUCCUGGAGGCGGGUUCUGUGCGAGAUCCUUGACUUGUAAGACCCAUUCCAUGGGUGCCAAACGUGCUGUUCCAGGCCGUUCUGCGUCCUAUGACGUGCUAUUG